UCUCUGAUUUCACUUUUAGGUACAAAAACUGACUCACUCAAUUAUUGCAGGAUGUCAAAUUUAAUAUUUGAAUCAGAUAUUAAUAGGCUGCUGAAACUUGAUGGACCAACUGGUGGACCGUCAAGUCGUUGGCAACGAAAAAAAGAAGAAGCCAGCAGCAACAAUGUCUCUUUAAACAAAAGUGUAAAUGCUAGCUGCAAUAAAACACCCAUGAAAAUGUGUAACCGUUCCUACAGUUCAAAGACACCAGGGAAAACACCAAAAACUCCAUCUUCAAGAACACCAGGCAGGUCAAAAACACCAUCUAAGACACCAGUUGGUGACCGUUUCAUACCAAAUCGUACUAGUACCAAUUUUGAUGUAGCCAACUUUAAAGUUUUGCAACAGACAACAGCUGCACAAGGUAGUAAUUUGAGUACAAAUCAGGAGUACAUGAGCCCAUCAAAGGUUGCAUUUAGAAAGACCAUGAAUGAAAAUCUGAAUGGUGAUGUCUUGAAUACAAAGAUUCUAUCCUACAAAAGCAAACCACCAUCUGCUCCUGAAGGAUUUCAAAACAACUUAAAAGUGCUGUAUAGUCAGAAUAAAACACCAGGCUCCACACGGAAAACCAUACGGCAUAUUCCACAGGUGGCAGAGAGAAUAUUGGAUGCUCCAGACAUACUUGAUGAUUAUUACUUGAAUCUGAUCGACUGGAGCUGCAACAAUCAUCUUGCUGUUUCACUAGCCAACAAUGUGUACCUUUGGAAUGCAACCUCUGGUGAGAUCCAACAACUAGUGCAAUUGGACAAUGCUGAUGAAUAUAUUGCAUCCGUAUCAUGGAUUCCUGAAGGCAACUACUUGGCAGUGGGUACAAGUAAUGGUGAUGUUCAGCUCUGGGACAUUGAACAACAAAAAAGGCUGAGAAACAUGUCAGGCCAUGCUGCACGUGUCAGUGCUUUAAGCUGGAAUAGUUAUAUAUUAUCAAGUGGUUCUCGUAGUGGAAAAAUUCAUCACCAUGAUGUUCGUGUUGCAAAUCACCAUGUAGGAACAUUAGAAAAUCAUGUGCAAGAAAUAUGUGGAUUAAAGUGGUCUUUAGAUGGCAAGGUAUUGGCAAGUGGUGGUAAUGAUAACAUUUUAAACGUCUGGUCAGCUUCAUCAAGUAACCCUUUGCACACCUUCACUCAGCACCAGGCAGCUGUCAAGGCUCUAGCAUGGUGUCCAUGGCAACCAGGUCUGCUAGCUAGUGGUGGUGGAACUGCUGAUCGUCACAUACGUUUUUGGAAUGUAAACACAGGAUCCUGUCUUAACAGUGUUGAUACAAAAUCACAGGUUUGUUCAAUUCUGUGGUCACGAGAACACAAGGAGUUAAUAUCUGCACAUGGAUUUGCACAAAAUCAACUAAUUAUCUGGAAAUACCCCAGUAUGCAUCGUGUUACAGAGCUUUUAGGUCAUACACAAAGAAUACUUCAUAUGUCAAUGAGUCCAGAUGGGUCAACUGUAGUCUCUGCUGCAGCAGAUGAAACCCUGCGAUUAUGGAAAUGUUUUGAAGUACCAGACAAAGUUAAAAAAUCCUCAGCAUCUGCCAAGAAGCUUGGUGCUUUGAGUAUGAGACAGAGCAUAAGGUGAUGCCUUGUUGUUAGAUACAGAGAGCACAACUGUAUAAAUUGUACACAGUGUAAAACUGAAAGAUUAGAAGGAUUAGAAGCAAAUUUGUUCAUAAUCACUUGACUAGAUAAAAUGGAUGAAAACACUAAUCAAAUAAUCAAAAUGUAGUGGGAUCUUUAUUAAUGUUAUUACAGAUUUGAGUCAAGUAAAAAUUAUCAUGGAAAGUCACGUACAGAAAAAUUUGUACAGUAUUUUGCUACAUCUUCCUUAGGCAAAAGGCGCUGUAUUAUUAUUAUUUUUAUCAUCUUGAGUGAAAUUUUUUACCAACUUGAAAUUUAAAUUAGUCUUUUUGUUAAGUGAUAACCACUUAGAUUCUAACUCUGUAAAUUUUAAUUUUUAUAAAAUAUCUAUACCUAGAUGCAGGUAUGGCAUAACUCUAACACUAUUUUAUUAUUGCUAGGCCUAUAUUAGGAUAUGGCAUACCUAGCACAAUUUUAUUAUUGUUAUAGUAUUCAAUAUUAAACUAUGCAUACAGUAUAUGCAUAUUCACAUUCCGUGUUAUUUUCAUUCAAAUGGUUAAAUAUUGCAAGUAAUACAAUGACAUCUUAUAUAUGCAUGGUUGUUGAAACUGAGAUGGCAAUAAAUUAUGUUCAUUAAA